UUCCAGGAGAGCUAGAGUAGGUAACUUGAGCAGCUUAGUGUGAGAAAAGAGCGCUGUUAGUCAUUUUGAAUCAUACCUACCAGGAAUGGGCAUUUCUACCUAAUAAGGUACCAACUCGAGGAGAUUCCUCUACAAUACUAGAACCUCUUCACACUCAUUACUUGCCUACGCAAAUAGAGAGCCUGCGUGAUAGCACAUCUUCAGACUUUGCCAUCUUUACUGCAUAUUUGAGUAGAUCGUUUUCUUUUUCCAGAUCGCGAUUCCAAAAUGUCGCGCCAGAUCAACCAACCGUCCAACCAAAUAAAACUGACAAACGUGUCUCUCGUCCGCCUGAAGAAGGGAAAGAAGCGCUUUGAGAUUGCCUGCUACAAGAACAAGGUGCUGGAGUGGCGAUCCGGCAUCGAAACCGACCUUGACGAAGUUCUCCAGAUUCCUAAUGUAUUCCUCAACGUUUCGAAAGGGCAGACCGCGCCGGCCGCCGACCUCGCAAAGGCCUUUGGCAAGGACAAGCCCGUAAACGACAUCAUCCUCGAGAUCUUGAAUAAGGGAGAGCUACAAGUUGGCGAAAAGGAAAGGGCCGCCCAGAUGGAUCGAGUACAUAACGAGGUCAUCAGCAUCGUCGCAAGCAAGCUUGUCGACCCCCGCACGAAGCGCGUCUAUACAACAGGGAUGAUCGAGAAGGCUCUCGACAUGUUGAGCUCCCAAGCACAUCAGGGCGACAAGAGCGCCGCGGGUAGUGGUGCAGGCACACCUGCGACGGGUGAAGGCGCAGAGGCGAAGCCCAAAGCAAAGGAGCACAACUGGACAGGCGUUGUCACAACCAAGAGCGCGAAGAGUCAAGCUCUAGAAGCUAUGAAGGCCCUGAUCACCUACCAACCGAUCCCCGUCGCACGAGCGCGGAUGCGCCUCCGUAUCACAUGCUCGACGAACGUACUCAAGCAAGCUGUCAAGGCGCCCGCCGCGGCCAAGAGCGGAGACGGGGAUGAGGAGCAGAAGGCGCCGGGCACAGUCAAGGAUAAGAUUUUAAGCUACGUAGAGCAGGUGGAACAACAAGACGUCAUGGGGUCCGAGUGGGAAGUGGUCGGGUUCGUCGAGCCAGGCGCUUUCAAGGGGCUCUCUGACUUUGUCGGGAACGAGACCAAGGGCCAGGGCCGAGUCGAGGUAUUGGAUAUAGCCGUCACGCACGAAGACUAGAUUUGUCUGCAGCGAUGUCCUCGGGUAGAUCUUCCAUGUUGCUCACGAUUUUAACGACUCUGAUGAUAUGGCCGUGUUCCGUCACGCAUGGGUAAAGGCAUUUAGCGUAUGCAAGACUGGUAUAGAAAAAAGCAUUUGAUAUUUUAUGAUUAUAUUGUACACGGUUGUCGGUGACUAGGAGCUCUGACCUAAUGCGAUUCUCAUGCCCUUGUAACAGAGUCACAGUUCACGUAUGAACAAUCCCCAGCAAAACAUGUCAGUAUAUUUCUCUCAGUCUACCCACAAGCAGCACGGUCGGGAAUCAUCACCGCAAUCCGUUUCUGGCCAGCCAAGUCGUCACACAAAACCAAAACCAGCGACCCAAGUGUAACAAAAAGCCACACCAGGCGGUAAAAGCAGCCACUCAUUUCAGUUCGAGACGAACUAAACUCAUUCGAGUGCCAGAUAUGUGGUCCCAAGCUGCUUGGGCUUAUGUUUGGUCCGAGCGUUUCGUACUUUAGCGUUAGCCAUAGCAGCAACUAAGACCGAAAAAAAAAAUCAAACUUCU